AUGGAGUCGGGGGUCAAGCGUCGAAAGAUUGACCGUGGCGGAUCUAGCCUCCGGCAUGACGGCCUCAUCGAUGUCGAGGCUCGCAACGCUGCUCUAGUAUCGUCCGCCAGCACCUUUGUCCUCCAAACCGAUGAGCUGCUCAGGAAGGCCAAGCUUGAUUAUAGCAAAGCACUGAAAGAUGUUGACGGAACAUUGUUUCGGCUGAAAACUAUUGUGGAUUCCAUCGAACCGCAUGCACCUCUUCCUAUUGCCGAGGCGACAGCAAAGUUCGAAAAGCAACACCGAAUUACCGUGCCCUACCCAGAUCCCAAGCCAAGAAAGGACACACCCUAUAAACUUUCAUACGCGAAACCCUCUCAGUGCAACGUCGUUGGCAGCUACGUCUCUAGGACUAUGGUCAAGACCCAAUCCGCCCUGGGUAUUGAUAUGGUUGUCGAAAUGCCUGUUUCAUUGUUCCAAGACAAAGACUAUCUUAGCAUGCGAUAUUUCUACCGGAGAGCCUACUUCAUUGCCUACAUCGCCGCACAUGUUCGCAAUGAGAUGCGUGAUACCAUGGCACUGAGCUUCCAAUACUUACAUGAAAAUCCUCUUCUCCCAGUGUUGGUUCUCAAGCCGUCGGCCGAUGGAGAUGCGAUGGACGGAACUGAGAAGACGAUAUCCAAGUCGAACAAGAAGGAUAGCAACAGACACGGCUAUUGCAUCCGGCUCAUUCCAUGCGCUCCCGACAACCUUUUUCCUUGGUCAAAACUUACACCGUCGGCGAACUGUACGCGACUGGGAGAGACGCAGGAGAAUGAGGAGAAGAAAAGGAAGGGAAACAACACGUCUUCCCCAUUUUAUAACUCCACUCUCAACGCCGAGAGGACCUUUAUACAGUACCUUAGAGUACUGACUUUCGCAAAGAACGAAUGCCCGGCCUUUCCAGACGCGUGUAUCUUGGGCAGGAUAUGGCUCCAACAACGAGGCUUUGGCGGCGCUAUUUCUCAAGGCGGCUUCGGUCAUUUUGAAUGGGCUAUUUUGAUAGCCCUUUUGUUGCAGAUGGGAGGAAGAAAUGGACAGCCUGCUCUUUCGGGCUCCCUGAGUAGCACCGAACUAUUCAAGGCUGGUAUUCAAUUUCUGUCGACAACAGACUUUAAUAAGAAACCGUUUGCCUUCAACACGGCUAAAGUCGAUGCCAAAUUAAUCAGAGAACCCGGCCCUGUCAUGUUCGACCCCGUACGAGAGCUAAACAUUUUGUCCAAGAUGACAUCGUCCUCCGCUAGUCUUCUACAGCUAUAUGCAAAGUCCACUUCAGACUUGUUAGCCGACGAGGGUGCUGAAAAAUUCGAGCCCACAUUCAUCAUGAAGACGGACAUUACACUGCAGGUUUUCGACGCGCAAUUCGAGAUCAACAACUCUCAUAUUUCCAAGUACGCCGACUCCUCUGAUCGUAGCAGCAUUGCCUGGAAACUCGGAUCAGAGGUGCACCAAGUCCUCAAAAAAGCCUUUGGAAACCGUGCCCAACUUGUUCAUAUACAGCUACCAUCAAUAAAGCCAUGGUCACUUUCUGACCAACCUGCGAAACUGGCUACAAAGCUUCUUGUUGGUGUGAUUUUUGAUCCCGCUCAUAUGGCGCGACAAAUGGAGUACGGUCCACCUGCAGAGGAAGAAAAGGAGGCUGCCGCGUUCAGACAAUUUUGGGGUGAAAAGGCGGAGCUGCGUCGCUUCAAAGAUGGGAGUAUCCUUGAAUGCGUCGAAUGGAAUGGCAAGCUCCCUUCUCAAAUUUGCGAAGAAUUGACUAGCUACUCUUUGAAGCGGCAUUUCAAUAUCGCAAAUGAAGAUAUUGUUGCCUAUGGAGACAGGUUUUCCUCCCUCAUUGGCUUGUCUCAUCUCGACAAAGAAGCCUUCGACUCGGCCCGGCGAGCAUUUACGACGUUUGAAAGCGACAUUCGUAAUUUGGACGACCUUCCGCUGCAGAUACGCCAAUUAUCAGCAGUGUCACCGUCCGCUCGCUACUCGUCCCUGGAGCUGCCCAUGCUUGGCUUUCACAUGAAUACCAUUCAGCUACUGGACGUUAACCUGUACUUUGAGGCAUCCAGCAAAUGGCCAGAAAACCUCACUGCCAUCCAGGAGGCGAAGAUUGAAUUUCUUCUCGAUUUUGACCGCCGAUUAACAGCAGCUAACGACAAAAUCGUCACAUAUCUGGGUCGCGAAAACGGGGACGUUGGCAUCGAAAACCUCGCAUAUUUAGAUAUCGUAUAUAACAACGGCGCAGCUUUCCGCCUGAGAAUAUAUUGUGACCUCGAAGAGACGCUACUGCAGCGCCAAGUCCAAAAUAUGGUACUUGAUCCUCAUGUCCGUGAGGAGGCAUCACAAGCUCUCGAUACACUCAAGUGGUAUUCUGCUACACUGCCGCUGCAUACUCAAAUCAUUGCAACCUUUUGCACUCGUCUGCAGCCGUUAUCACAGUCAAUUCGCCUCGUCAAACACUGGUUUGCCAGCCACAAGCUCUGCGGCCACUUUUCUGAUGAGCUUAUUGAACUUUUUGUUCUGCACGUCUUUCUUCAGCCAUACCCCUGGGUGAUGCCUUCAUCGCCCAUGACGGGAUUCUUGCGCACUCUUUUCUUCUUGGCGAGGUGGGAUUGGCGAGAUGAGCCAUUAAUUGUAGAUUCCGCGGAGACAGUCUCUGCAGCAGAACGGUCGGCCAUGCACCGGGAGCUCGAUUCCUGGAGGAAACGAGAUCCUCACAUGAACAAUUCCGCCAUGUUUGUUGCUACUUCCAGCGAUCACUCGGGACUCGGAUACACGCGCCGUGGCCCAUCGAAGCUCAUCGCCUUCCGAAUGACUCGCUUGGCCAAGGCUGCCUGCAAACUCGUUCGCGACCAGGGAGCCAGCCUCAAGCCCGAAAGCCUCUUCGAAACGUCGCUGCAAGACUACGAUGUACUGGUACACCUCUCCACCAAGGCCAUCAAGAACAUCUUGCACGAUGCGGCUACCGAAUCCGGCGCAAGGAAGCACUCGAUGUAUAAGAACCUCGAUGCGAGCACCGGCAAGAUGCCGCUACCUAUAAGAACACACCCCGCCGCCGUCUUGGCCCAGGAGUGGCAGCGCGUUUAUGACGACACGCUUGUGUUCUUCCCAGGCGGGCCAAAUGAGUCUGUUCUGGCGGCUAUUUGGAACCCAAAGUUGCAAAAGAAAGAAAAGUUCAGAGUUGGACUGCCAUACAACUUCCGAAGAGUAGCUGUAGAUGAUGGCGAUGAUGCGGCAGCUGAUAUGGUCGAGGUGAACCGACAGGCCAUCUUGCUGGAGUUAGCAAGGGCGGGCGGAGAAAUGAUAAAGAGAAUAGAAGUUGGAGACGACGAGGAAUAA